AUGUCCAACUCGCCCCCAGACUAUUCCUUUGCCGUCUCGGAAUCUCAAAUAGACACCACCUCGCCUUCCCGACAUGACUCCUCCAUUCUCUCCCAGGAUAUGCCGCCCGCCGCCGCCAACGACUCGUUUGACUCGGAGGCCGUUAUGGAAAAGCACCCCAAAGGAAAGCGGAAGCGUACCGCUGCCAAGGACAAGAUGGUUCUCGAAGAGGCCUACAAGGCCAAUCCCAAACCCGACAAGCAAGCGCGUCUCGAUAUUGUGAACCGCGUUUCCCUCAACGAAAAGGAAGUUCAAAUUUGGUUCCAGAACCGUCGCCAAAACGACAGACGAAAGUCGCGUCCACUUUCGCCCUCUGAACUGGCCGCUCUUCGAUUCAAUGGCCUGCAUGGCGUCUCGACUGAUCCCAUGGCCGUUGCUUCCGCCGCCUCUAAUGUUCAAGUACCCGUCACUUUGCCCGCACACGCGCCCGCGGACCCUCUUACCGUCUCGCCGCCACAAACUUCUUCUCAACCGAUCCCACCCACUGCACCAUUGCUUACUGCGACUCCCAGAGCCUCCGCUCCGGCCAAUCCUCAAUUGCCAGAGACGACGCCUCAAAACCGGGACAUCCCAUCCUCUGAGAGCAGCCAAGACGGACCGUCUUCGGUUACCUACUCGUUUUCAGGCUCUGUAGGCUAUCUUGCCAACAGAUGGAACAUUGGCAGCUCGUUUUCCACUCCUGCUGGCCAAACUCGUGACGCUGAUGAUUCUCCGAGGCAAGUAUACGCUAUACACAAUGCCCAACGGCAGAGCCAAACCAACGUGCGACUAUCUUUGUCAUUGGAAGGCAAAGCUGAGCUCGUUGACAGCGCGUCUUCUCCGACGCGUCCCUCUCCACAGAAAUACUCUUCUGAGCCCGACUUUUCUUCUCGUCCGCGCGGCCUGAAGCGAAGCUACAGCGCGUUGCCUGCCGUAACACUUCCUCCCAUCUCCACGCUGACUAGCUUUCUGCCACCGCGUCUUGCCCGUGGUCGCUCGCGAGAUGUGCAGGCUUGGCAGUCGUGCGCUGAUGCAGAAACCCGCGAUGAGUUGACGACGCACGCCGAGCACGAAUCCAACGGGUCCGCCGUGGCGGCCAUUAGUCUCCUCCGCUCCACGAGCGGCGUGCUGCAAUCAAGCAACUCAAAACGCAACACCCCCGUGACGACGCCACGCGAUGGCCACUUUGCCAAAAAGGCCAAGUUCAGCCGCACCAUUUCGAGCGUUGCCCGUCUGGAGCACACGGGUAAGGAGAACGACGAGCCGUUCAGCAAGAACAAUGGCAAAGUCAAAGUCAGCUUGUUGGCGUCGCCGACCGACUCAGACAAGGAAAACUGGAGCCCUGACGAGGACGGCAACGCUGCCGAUGUGGGUUCCCGCCGCCCCGUGCCGCCGCCGCCCGCGUCAACCAAGCCCAAAAACCCGCGGCGCGUGGGCCGCAGCAUCCUGCAGAGCCGCAGCCCGGGCAAGCUGGGCAGCCGCGUCAACACGGGCCCGUCAUCGCGACCCCGCGGCAUGAAGGCUAGCGUUGACAUAUUCGAGGAUGAGGCGACGCGUGUCUCGCGAGACGCGGAUGUCGAAAAGUUUAUGCGCGGCGACGUGAGCCCCAGCAAGAAGCCAGAUAUGGACUGCGUGGCCGGCCUGCUGUCUCUGAGCCAAGGUGCCUGGAGAUGA